AUGGUUGCGGGCGCGGGCGCAGUCAUCUCGAGCAAUCCGCUCAAGCUCGAUUACCGAAGCCACAGCAAGUGCCUCGCGAUUUGCGCCGUCAUUACCGUCUCGAGCUUCCAAUAUGGCCUGGACUACGCACUUGUCGGCGGCUUCAUGGCCAUGCCGGGCUUCCUCCGGGUCUUUGGGUACUUCGAUGAAUCAGCCCAGAAGUGGGCCAUCGACACCACCGUCCAGCAGCUUAUAUCGUCGCUCAUGACCGUCGGCACCUUUGUCUACAUCAACGAGGCAGCACCGGCACAUCUGCGUGGCAUCGUCUUCGCCGUCUACCAGACGCAGCUCAGCAUCGGAUCCGUCAUAGGUGCAGCAGUGGACUAUGGGACACACAAUAUCGAGACCAAGAAGGCGUACCGGAUCCCCCUGGCACUCUUCUUCAUUGCACCGACGGUCCAGUCCAUCUCGCUCAUUUUCUUCCCCGAAAGCCCCCGGUGGCUCAUGGCCCACGGCAGGGAAGACAGCGCCGAGUUGGCCUUGAGGAAAUUGCGCGGUCGUACCAUUGAGGAGGCGGCCUUUCAGGCAGAGUUGAACGAGAUACGCAUCUCUACGAGGCAACAGGUCGAGCACAGCAAGCGGAAGAAGAAGCAGCUGUGGCUCGAGAUCUGGAACAAGGGCAAUCGGAGAAGGACGCUGCUCUCUAUCGCGGUGGUGUGCUUCCACUGUGCUGCAGGAUCCUCCUACCUGACGAUAUACACGACUUAUUUCCUCACAACGGCCGGCAUUCCAGCAGACCGCUCCUUCGAGUUCUCAACCAUGAUUACCUGCAUGGGCCUCCUCGGGAUCCUCUCCAGCUUCUUUUGGGCAGACAAGCUAGACCGGCGAGCUAUCUUCAUGAUCGGGGUUGCUGUCUGCGGGCUCGCGCAGCUGGGUUUUGCUGUGGCUUGGACUGCGGCUCCUGGAACCGAGACCGCUGCUCUGAACUUCCUGGGUAACUGGGUCGGCAUCUUCACUGCUCCCUACUUCAUCAACCCUGCAAGCCUGGGAUGGAGUGCAAAAUAUGGCUAUAUUUGGUUCGCAUCAAACGCUAUUGUGUUCUUGUUCAUAUACUUCUUCAUGCCGGAAACACGGGGCCGCACCCUGGAAGAGAUCCAUGAAAUGUUCGAGCAAGGAGUCCCGUCCAAGAAGUUCAGGGGUUUCAUUUGUGCAGCAACGCAGGCGAUGGCGACCGAGGUGAUUGGGAAAGAGCGAAACGAGCAUAUUGAAGAGAUCAAGAGGCCGUAA